CUUACCCGGCGCAAUUUCGAGGAGCAGUGGAAUGGUAAACAGGCUAAAUCUGCUCACUGAGCGCGCCAGACGAUGUAAAUUAAGCGCACCGAAAAUGUUGUACAUGCGCAGACCAUUCAGUCAUUGGCGCAGACAGCCAGUAAUGUUGACAAAUUACGGGGGAGGGGCCAAUUGCAAGGUAAGUUGCUAAAAUUGUCCGAUCUUGUAUAUAGCUAUUGUACAAAUACUGUAUUCUCGAUGCAAUUCAAUGUUUCAAGCAGCGUUGUACAAAUGCCUAAUAUUAGACAUUUGCUUGGCUUUAUUACUGGCUAAAUAGGUAGUUUGCGUUAACUCACAACAUUAGCUAUAGCAGCUAGCGAUAGCAAAGAUGCUUUGUUGAACUGACCCGUCGUAGCUUGAAGGAACCGCUGGAAUAAUGCAGCUUUAUGCUAAUGCUAGCUACAUAUUCGUAAUUUAUACAACAAGUAAAUAUCGGCAUGUGUUUUGGUUAGUUAAUACUUUAGCAAGCUGGAUUUGACAUUUUGAUAUUUCGCUGCAGAUGUUUGCAUAACGUCUUUAGCAAUAUAAUGCAUCUGCUAAAGUCACUGGGUAACGUUAGCUAGUUAUUUGUUGAAUGAAAUUCCACGCUCGCGGCUACAUUGUAGGGUGCAACGUUGACUAACUAUUGAAGGGGCCUAAAGAGUACUGUUAUCACUCCAAUCAAACACACAGUAUAGCAUGUUCGUUGAAGGCUUUCUAUAUUGUAGAUGGAUACACGCAGAGCCUGUACCAAUGUUUGGAAAUCAGAGGUUUCAGGUUUGUGAUUGAGUUUCAGUAGCCUGGUUUGUUUUCCCAAAAAGAUAACCAACUUGGCCUUCUUCCUCAAACCUGUUUAGCUCCCGGGUGAAUGAAGGAGAUUCUCUUUCCAGUUGACACUGUGAAAAUGAAGGGGUGAGCUAACAAUACAUUGAUUUAACCAUAAUCCAUUUGAACCAAAGCUACUUCCACAUGAUUUGUUGUAAUGAAUUGAGUGUUGGGCUGGAUGAUCAUAUUCUAGUACAAGUUGAAAGAGCGGUGUGUUACUGUAUAUUAACAUUGUUCUUCUCAUUUUGUUAUGUAGUCAACAGAAAAGCCCUGACCCAGAUGAAAGUGCACAUGUCAUUGAAGAAGGUAACAUCAUGUAGAAAGGAAAUAAUGCCCCUCAAAACCUCAGAAGACAAAUGACACCCAUGGUAUUUUCUUGCUUAUAUUAUAGAGACUAUGUAUUCUGAUUUUUGCUCUACCAGGUGCAGUGGCUACAGCUGAUGACCCAUCAGCUGCCAUCGCCACCAUUCAGUCUGCCGCCACCUUCUCCUCAGAGCAUCCCAUAAAGUAUCUAUUCAAGACUGAGGGAGCAGGGGGGCAGGUAGGGGAGCUGUACUACCCUCCCACUGGGCAGGUACAGUUGGGGAGAGCAUGCUCUACAGGGCUCACUAGAUCUAGCCGAAGUCCCUGAGCUAGAGCUCUGAGCCCAGCCAAUGCCCAGCCACAGUUUUCUGAGGCUCAGUCUUCUGUCAUUACUAAUGACCGAUUUGAUGUUUCGCUCAACAAACCUGUGUGUUAUCUUUUGCUGAAGGUGACAUACAGAGUCAUCCAGGUGUCUGAUGGACAGUUGGAGGCUCAAACUGAUGGAGCCACAGCGGUUAGUGUGCUCACUGGAUUUCCUGCAGCCACACAGCCUAUGACCCAGGUGAGAAUUUAUACGAGCAGGACUUGGGGGCCCUCCCAGCGGGGAACACUGGUUUGAAAUUAUGUAAAAAGAAGUCAUUUCAACCUGUUUCUGGUUGAAAUGACAUACAUUUCAAUCAGUUUUGCCCACCAGGCUAGUAGUAUUCAAAGUCGGAUUCUGGAAAUCAAACAUAGCAUUGUUUUUAAUUUGUGAUAAUAAAGAUUCUCUACUCUAUUCUAUUCCUCUAUUUCUACUACCCACUGUAUACAGUUUUGCUAGUUAUUCAACACUGACAAAGGUGUCCUCUUGCUGUAGGCUGUGUUCUCUCAGUCCGAGGGGUUGGAGGGGGACGGCACUGAGACGCAUUACACCUACUACCCUGCCACCAUCGCUGAUGCUUCACCAGGCACCAUGGUAACCAGCGUGGUGCAGGCAUCUGAUACACAUCUAAGUCAGAGCACUCCCACUGGUGAGGAGAUUAAGGAGAUUCAAUUACAUAGAAAUAGAAUUGCUAGAUAGAAUGAAUAUAUCCUAUUUCUAUGCUCCAUCAGGUUAUGCAUUUAUUUCCAAUUGGCUUCCCAUUUAGAUUGCCAUUUAAUAUUGAUACAUUUAUAUUGACAAUUUGAAUUGAAGGAAGCAAGGGACUUAUUUGUUUCAGGGCAGUUGUAUGUGAUGAUGUCCCCCCAGGAAGUGCUGACUGGAGCCAACCAGAGGUCCAUUGCACCUCGCACACAACCUUACAACACGUAAGCUGCCAUUUUAAUCAGUACAGUAGGUACUGGACUGGAGAAGCCAGGAGAAUCAUCACAGUUACCAUAUUAGUUAGUCACACUGUCCCAUGUCCAUUCAUGAGUUUCUUUGUGUGUUGGGUCUUAAUUACUUAGCCUUGUUACUGUUUUUAGCUGCAUACAGUUGAAGUUGGAAGUUUACAUACACCUUAGCCAAAUACAUUUAAACUCAGUUUUUCACAAUUUCUGACAUUUAAUCCUAGUAAAAAUUCCCUGUUAGGUCAGUUAGGAUCACCACUUUAUUUUAAGAAUGUGAAAUGUCAGAAUAAUUGUAGAGAGAAUGAUUUAUUUCAGCUUUGAUUUAUUUCAUCAAAUUCCCAGUGGGUCAAAAGUUUACAUACACUCAAUUAGUAUUUGGUAGCAUUGCCUUUAAAUUGUUUAACUUGGGUCAAACGUUUCGGGUAGCCUUCCACAAGCUUCGCACAAUAAUUUGGGUGAAUUUUGUCCAAUUCCUCCUGACAGAGCUGGUGUAACUGAGUCAGGUUUGUAGGCCUCCUUGCUCGCACACGCUUUUUCAGUUCUGCCCACACAUUUUCUAUAGGAUUGAGGUUAGGGCUUUGUGAUGGCCACUCCAAUUACCUUGACUUUGUUGUCGUUAUGCCCUUUUGCCACAACUUUGGAAGUAUGCUUGGGGUCAUUGUCCAUUUGGAAGACCCAUUUGCGACCGAGCUUUAACUUCCUGAUUGAUGUCUUGAGAUGUUGCUUCAAUAUAUCCACAUAAUUUUCCUUCCUCAUGAUGCCAUCUAUUUUGUGAAGUGCACCAGUCCCUCCUGCAGAAAAGCACCCCCACAGCAUGAUGCUGCCACCACCGUGCUUCACGGUUGGGAUGGUUUUCUUCAGCUUGCAAGUGCCCCUUUUUUCCUCCAAACAUAACAAUGGUCAUUAUGGCCAAACAGUUCUAUUUUUGUUUCAUCAGACAAGAGGACAUUUCUCCAAAAAGUACGAUCUUUGUCCCCAUGUGCAGUUGCAACCCGUAGUCUGGCUUUUUUAUGGCAGUUUUGGAGCAGUGGCUUCUUCCUUGCUGAGCGGCCUUUCAGGUUAUGUCGAUAUAGGACUCGUUUUACUGUGGAUAUAGAUACUUUUGUACCUGUUUCCUCCAGCUUCGUCACAAGGUCCUUUGCUGUUGUUCUGGGAUUGAUUUGCACUUUUCGCACGAAGUACGUUCAUUUCUAGGAGACAGAACGCGUCUCCUUCCUGAGCGGUAUGACGGCUGCGUGGUCCCAUGGUGUUUAUACUUGCAUACUAUUAUUUGUAAAGAUAAACGUGGUACCUUCAGGCGUUUGGAAAUUGCUCCCAUGGAUGAACCAGACUUGUGGAGGUCUACCAUUUCUUUUGAUUUUCCCAUGAUGUCAAGCAAAGAGGCACUGAGUUUGAAGGUAGGCUUUGAAAUACUUCCACAGGUACACCUCCAAUUGACUCAAAUUAUGUCAAUUAGCCUUUCAGAAGCUUCUAAAGCCAAGACAUAAUUUUCUUGAAUUUUCCAAGCUGUUUAUAGGCUCAGUCAACUUAGUGUAUGUAAACUUCUGACCCACUGGAAUUGUGAUACAGUGAAUUAUAAGUGAAAUAAUCUGUCUGUAAACAAUUGUUGGAAAAAUUACUUGUGUCAUGCACAAAGUAGAUGUUCUAACCAACUUGCCAAAACUAUAGUUUGUUAACAAGAAAUUUGUGGAGUGGUUGAAAAACGAGUUUUAAUGACUCCAACCUAAGUGUAUGUAAACUUCCGACUUCAACUGUAUAUGGAUGUAUGAUGUGUAUGACAAUGGUUUACACUGUAAUAUAUCUGUUUAUUCAUGUCUAUACUGAUUGUGUCUUGUAGAAAAUCAGAGGUCCCACGUACUUCUAGAGAUGACAAAAGGCGAGCCCAGCACAAUGAGGGUGAGACCUAGAUACCCAUCAUAAAUUACUCAUACAAUACUUCAUAUGAAAUGUCUCUUAAAUGCUAGUUGGGUUUGCAUGUCACGUUGAGCACAGAAUCAUCUGCCCUGCCUACUCAAAUUUGUUAUUGUGUAAUUUGUCUCCCAAGUUGAACGUAGACGCAGGGACAAGAUCAACAACUGGAUUGUCACGCUCUCAAAGACUAUCCCAGACUGCAACAUUGACCCUACCAAGUCAGGGCAGGUCAGUAUCAGCAAUGAGGUCAGUAUCACCAUAAAAUGGGUCACUCUCAAGUCUAAUGUGUAUGGUCAGCAGUUUUUCCUGACCAUGUCACCUUACUAGAAAGAACUUAGCUAUAAAAAUGAGGACCUAGAGUUUUUCCUUGUCAGAACACAUUCUCAGGAAAAACAUCCUGGCCUUACAUGGGAGAUGGUGACACGGUCUUUCUGUUUUGGUCCAGAGUAAAGGUGGGAUCCUCUCCAAAGCCUGUGACUAUAUCCAGGAGCUUCGGCAGAACAAUCUCAGACUAGGGGAUGACCUAAGCACCCUGGAGAGGCUCAGAAUAGACAAUCAACUACUGAGGCAGGAGGUAAGACACUACGGCUGUGUUUACACAGGCAGCCCAAUUCUGAUAUUUUGCACAAUUAUUGUAGAAAGAGGUGAUCUGAUUGGUCUAAAGACCAAUAUGUGGGAAAAUAUCAGAAUUGGGCUGCCUGUGUAAACGCAGCCUACUAUGAUUCAUUCAUGCUUUGUAAUAGGUUCAGAUUUGGAUUUUGCUGAUCAGGCCGUAGGAUUAGUCAGUGAGAGAUGUUUGUUCUAUCAUCAAUCUUGUUCACCUACUUACUGCAACACUAAUUGUAUGCAGUCACACAGAACCACAGAAAAAAUGUGUGUUGGAGAUUGUAGUCAGACUGCGCAGCAUCACUGAUAUACGAAUCACCUUGCAUCCAAACAACUUAUUAACUACUUAUAAAGUGAUCAAGGUUAGGGGUUCUGCACCUCGCCGUGAUCACACUGUACCUCUCACACAUUCUGAAAAACGUGCAAACAAAAUACCAAACCUUAGGACAGCUUUUCACGAAAAUCCAUGCAUCAGCUGUAAUAAUAGGCUUUGUUUGAGCUGCUUUUCCCAUCCAAUUUUGAACAGGUAGAAGGCUGGAAAUCCAAGAACCAGAUUCUGAGGAACCAGAUGCGACAGAAUGGCAUUGUUGGAGCAGCAAGCGCAGACCCUCAGUGAGGAGCAGCAUGGGUAGUCCGGGGAGAGGAAGGAUGUUAGAUCAUAGAAUUUGAAUAUCUCAGUGGAGGGAUGGUAGAAUUAACUUGUGAUAGAACUUUUGACCUCAAACCAGAAGAAAAUUCUCACUUCACUACAAAAAGCGACCAUACAAAAUCAGUCUGAAGGAGUUUGUAGAUAGGUCAUUAAUUGGUCACAUUUUACAUAAGGAAAACCAUGUUAGCUCUUAUAACUAAAGAUUUUUCCCGCAGCUAUUCAGCUGUCAUGUACAUACAAUUGUUUAGCUUUUUUACCUUUGACACAAUUGCGCUUCAUUGUAUCAAGUAUAUUUAGUAACUCUUAGAAUAAGUCUCAAAAUACAUUUACAUUUAAUGCAUAUAGAGUAUGAGAUGUCCCCACUUCCAGAAAUGGCUCAGCACUUUGUUUUUCUAAAGUUGUCAGCGUAAAAUGUAUUACAAUGAUAUAUAUUGUAAUAAAGGAUCUU